GGAAGACGUGCGAUAUAUUGGAUCUGCGAGCCUGACUGGAGAAAGUGAAGCAUUAGUGGCGGUGCAAGAUUGAUUGUCUGUAUGUACAUCGUCCUUCCAAAAUGGCAACCUUCGUCUUGUCUAUUUCCCGGCACCCAUUGACUCUUCAAGGCUGGAAACAUUGCCCGGAAGCCUUCUCGGAACUUUAAAGCUGCCUUAUCAACUCUAAAUGACCAGCAAUCGGUCAAACGUCCCUCAAAUCCUGCGAUGAAGUCAAUGAAAAUGAAUCUUCCGCCUGUCCAAUCGCUGUUUCCACUUGGCUCGAGCGUUCUAGGGCUCACGUGCACAACUUCCGCUCAUUUGGGGGUCUGCGUCAGCAAAACGCUCCACUUCUCUCCUCUUGCCACUCACUUGCGGCUUGCACUCCCGCUCAUCAAAUCGACAUAUGGCUCGCACCAAGCAAACUGCCCGCAAGUCCACCGGAGGCAAAGCGCCCCGUAAGCAGCUCGCCACCAAACAAGCACGUAAGACCGCUCAGCCUGGCGGUGCCACCGGUGGUGUCAAGAAGCCGCAUCGUUUCCGGCCUGGAACGGUCGCCCUCCGUGAAAUCCGACGCUACCAGAAGUCAACGGAGCUGCUGAUCCGCAAGCUUCCCUUCCAGCGACUCGUGCGUGAGAUCGCGCAGGAUUUCAAGACUGAUUUGCGGUUCCAAUCCUCGGCUGUCAUGGCCUUGCAGGAAGCUGCGGAGGCUUACCUCGUUUCACUCUUCGAGGACACUAACCUGGCAGCUAUCCACGCCAAGCGUGUUACCAUCCAACCCAAGGACCUCGCACUUGCUCGUCGCUUGCGCGGCGAGCGCUCUUGAGGGCCCUGCGCGCUAUCAUCGGCUUCGGUAUCUGCCGACCUUCGAGACUCGUUCCACGUACAUACUGUUAAGGUAGACAAGUGUUUGAAUACGAAUAUAAUACAUGUAUGAGAUCGAACGGGAACCUACGCAUGGCGAAA